CCGACCUCCACUUUACCUAGCCUGCUUUAGCUUCAUCCUUCAACGUUCUCCGAUUGGUUUGACUAGAACUUUGUCGUUUGCUUGUACAUCAUGGAUGGUGCCUUCAGAAAGAUCGAUAUCGAUGCUUUUGAUGAGGACGUGCUGCUAGAAAGCGAGCUGUACGAGCCAGACCCUCGCGAUCCAUCUCAGGUCCUGGACGAAGCUAAGGCCAAGUCCGUCGCUGUACGGAGUUUACUGUCCAAGGGUGAUAUUGCCGGCGCUCUGGUAACGAUUCUUGAGAACGCACCAUACGGAGCGAAUGUUGAUGAGGCGAAAAAUCUUACACUACAAACCCUCGUAACAAUCCUCAACAGCACUAAAUCCACCGACAUCCCCAACGUCGUCAAAUCGCUCCCUCCAGACACACAAGAUACCCUGAUGAAGUACCUAUACAAGGGUAUGGCUCUUCCUGGCUGGGGAGAUGUGAGUGGGAGCGUGUUGCUGGGAUGGCACGAGAAGUUAACAGAGGUCGCUGGUGUGGGAUGUAUUGUGAGGACGAUGACCGACCGUCGUAUGGUAUGAUCUGUGGAUGUCGCAGUGGAACUGGAAAUUGGUUGUAUGAGUAUAUUCGCCCCACAUCGCAUUGGCCCUGUCCCCGCCUUGGAAUAACGCCAAUAAUUAGUGAAUGGAGACAGCGGAAACGAACCUGGUAUACAUCAGUACAUCAAUUCAUGCCCAUCAUCGGCCC